AUGUUACUUCAAUUAAAUUUUUAAAUAGGUAUUUCUAUUAUUAUUGAUUAAUAGAAAUUAAAGUGUUACUUUCAAUAUUAUACUUAAACAUAAGAAACAAAUCAAGUGAUAUUUAAAUUAAAUAUUUAUUUAUAUAUUUUUAUAUAAAUUCUCAAUAAAACAUGGAACAAGAGAAUGAAAAUAAUUUAUUAAAUAUCAUUGGUUACCCAGAUAUUAACUAAGAUUUAGAAACUAUCCAGCUUAAUGCAGCAGAAAGUAUUUAAAAAGAUUAAUCCAAUUUCGGAGAUAAUGAUCUAAAUAAAUUUAAGUCCCCAUCUGGAAAAAUAGAGGAAUUAAGAAAUGCACUUUAAAAAAGGUACCCUUAAGCUUUUUUUAACGUCUCAGAAAUUGGAGAUGGCACAAAAUUAGUAUCAUUUCCAUUAGAGAUUUAUUAAGGAGUGCUCAUAACUUAAUUUGAAAUAACCAUAAAUUUAAAAAAAAAAUAAAUUAAUGCACACGUCUAUUUUGCUGACAAGGAUGGUCGAAUUAUUGUGCAUUAGAAAGUAAUUUCUAAUUAAAAAUUUUAUUUUAGCUUCUUCGACUUUAAAUGUGCAGAUAUAUGCUCAGACUGAAUAACAACUUACGUGUUGGAAGUUUCUUCAUAAAUCCAGUUUUUGGUCACUUAGGGCUUAAUCUAUAAUGUUUAAAUAACAAAUCUGAACUUUUUUUUCAAACCUCAAAAGAAAUUGGUGAAUUUGAAGUUUACAUGGAUAGUUUGAUAGUAACUGCUAUUCAUUCUCUAAGAUUUCAUUUUAUGCGAAUUCUAUUCAUGAUAAACAAAAUAAAUAUAAAACUAUUCAGACUUUAUGAAGUAUAUAUAGAACAGGUUAAAUAUCCCCAAGAACCUACUAUAAAUUGGAGAAAAUUUCCUAAGGAUGCUGAACAGACUUUAUAUAGAAUCAAAUAAAUUGUAAAAAAGUAAAUUAUUUUUAAAUAUUUAAAUAGUAAUAUGCAUUUGGAAUUUAACAAAUCAGAAUAUGAUCAAUAUGGCCCAAUACUCUAAAAAUAAGUUAUGAGUGAAAAUAAAUGUUUGAUUGAAAUAUUACCAACUAAUUUGAAUGAAUUGGAAAUAGAUUAAAAGUUUCAUAUAAACGAAGGAGGAUUUUGCAAUAUCUAUUCAAAAGAUAUUUUUUAUUAGAUAAUAAAGGAUAGUUAAACUUAAUAAUAAGCUCAAAAAAGACCUCUUGUUAUUAAGACAGAUAAGAGUUCAGCAGGAGAUAGAGUAAAAAAGGAAGCAGAUAUAGUUGCUAGAUUAAGUGAAACAAUUACUAAUAAUACUGGCUUGUAAUAUAAAAUUGUAAAUAAUAUAGGGAAUCAAGUGCUCGUUUAAAGUACUUUAAAUUUUCUGGAUGUUGCCCAUAUAUUGCCUAAUUUUAUUAUGUAAAAUAGAGAUAGGAUAUUCUAUUGAUGGAAAGAUAUUAUCAUUCUUCUUUGGAUUAUUUUAAGGCCAAACAAUAAGAAGUUUUAAGUUUAUCUACAAGAAUCUUUAUUGCACACAGCAUUGCCAUGGGAUUAAGAUAUAUUCACAAUUAUGGAAUUAUACAUAUGGAUAUAAAACCAGCAAAUAUUUUAAUAGCAAAAACAUUAAUGGCCAAAAUAACUGACUUUGGUGAAGCUCUUAAUACAAAUAAAAACAUUGAGAAAGAGAAACCAGGUAAAACCUUGCCUUUCAGUGCGCCAGAAAUGUAGUAAAAAGUUGAAACCAGUAAAUUUACUUAUGCUUAUGAUAUAUAUUCAUUUGGAGUGCUCUUUUUUGAACUUUUAUUCGAUCGAUAUCCGAUUGUAAUAAUUAUUAGAUUAAUAUUAGGAUUUUAGAAAACAAAAUUUUAAACCAUUGGAAGAUAAAUUAUAAAAAUUGAAUUAUUUUGUAAGGUAUGAUGAAGAAUAUGAUAAAUUAUUGGGACCUUAAGUUUUAAUGAAAUAUUUAGGAAGAUUGUGCUUGCAAUGUAAAUAUUUUUUAGUAUUUUGAUAGGUUUGUAACCAGAUCCAACAAAAAGACCAAAUAUAGAUAAGAUUAUAUUAGUUUUGAAAGAUUGUUUGACUUAUCUAGAUAAAGUUUAUUGA